ACAGGGACAUGUUCAAAACCGACCGUAUCUUCCCCAAAACAAGCCCGACAUUUCCUCACAUCUUCCCCUCCUAGCCACGAAAACGUACAAGCCCUGUCUCUGUCGAUCUCUCUCAAUUCAAUUCCACAUUUCUCAAGGUUACUUCCCUUUGAACAUAUAAUCUCUUCCUUUCCAAAAUGUCAAGGUUCUAAAGAAAUUCGGAACCAUUAAACAGAACAGCGGUAAGAGUUGUAGCUCUCUUAUCAUCGUGAAAAGCUUUGGGAAUGAUUUGAUUCAACUAAGCAUUUUGCGGGAGGAGGUGAUUUCCAUCAAGACCGUCUUUCAGAAAGCUUGAUCUUUUGAUCGUUCACUUGUUCUAUGGAUUCUGAUUUCUGGACCUCGCGUCUCGCCGCCGCCAAACGCCAGUAUGCGUUUCAGCAGCAGCAAAGUUCCCAAUUAGAUCGGUUGGGAAUCUAUGAUUUCGUCGUGGAAGAUGAUGUUCGGCCUGAUUAUUCAAGCUCUUAUGAAGACGUUGACAUCGCGUCCUUGUGUUCGAAUCUCGAAGACGAGCACUCGUGUGAAUCUAGAGCCACGGUUUGUCCAAUAUGCUCAGUUAAAGUUGCGAGAGACAUGUUAAGUCACAUAACACUGCAGCAUGGACACUUGUUUAAGUUACAGAGACGACGCAGGCUACGUAGAGUUGCUGUUCCAAGCAGCCAGGCAUUAUCUGUUUUGGGUCGGGAUCUUCGUGAAGCUCAUUUACAGGUCCUUCUAGGCAGUGGCGGCGGCGGCAGCGGCAGUAGUGGAGGAUAUCGAUCAAACAGUGUUAAUACAUCCAGUGCUGCAGCUACUGAUCCAUUUCUAUCCUCACUUAUUUUUAAUGUUCCCGCUUCUGAAGCAGAAGAUAUUUCAAAAUCCGUGUUAACCGGUGCUGAAGACUCUUCUCCAAAGAACCCAGCACCAUCACAUAUAUGGAAAUCAAGCUUUGAUGGCUCAUUGACUAAUGAAGAGAGAGAGAGAAGGAUGAGGCAGGCUGCAGGGAGAUCUGGGUUUGUGCAGGAUUUGUUUCUGUCAACUUUGUUGGGCGACUAAUGAGGAAGCUGCAAAUUGCCUACACAAAUGAAAAGUGAAUCCCAUCAUUCUGAAGGAUCUUGUUCAACCAUAUCGCUGCACUUGAGGCUCAAGAUCUUCCUUAUAAUUAAAUUGUCCACAUACACCUUUAUUGGACAGACAAACACCAAUGUAUUAUUUCUUUCAUUGUUGAAGAGAGAAAAAAGUAAACUAGUUUUUUAGCUGUUAAUCGGUGCUCCUUGUAAUCUAUGAAUCUGCUUGCCAUGUACAAUGGGUAACUCAUGAUUAAUUCUAUUUUUACUAUAAUCGAACUUAGAAAUGUGUAAUUUUUUUUAA